GGAAUAUUUCACGCCUUCAGGAGCUUCCAGUAACUAGUUGCUUUUAUGAGCGUUAAGGAGGCCUCAAAAUUACAAUAAAAGGAAAUAUAAUUCAUUUAAAACCGCGAAACAAAUAGAGGAAGGCUAAGGGUUAAUUUGUUUGCUGAAUUGGUGAGUGAGGGCGCCGAAGACAUUUUCACACAUCCAAAGGACUCAAAGGAAUUUGAAUAUAAAACUGCACCGUCCAUACAUCCGGCUCCCACCGAGAGAAGAAACCUGAAACCAAGCAACAAAACAGAAAAGAAGCUGAACAAGGGAAGAAGAGCUGGACAACGAAGUACAAGUUAUGUGAAAUAUAGAUAAUUUCCCAAUCUAUUUCAUGUCAUUAAAACAAGAUUGUGUCAUAACAAGAGCAUAAAAAAGAAGUAUAAAGACAAAAGAGAGGGGCAAUCCGUGGCAUUAAACAUAAAAAAGGAUAGGAAAUCAUCUGCUUUAUACAGCUUGGCUUUGUUUCAAAAGGUAGCAACUACUGGGCUGAAGACAAUACAGCAAAAAAUACUUAACAGGAAAAACGAUUGGGAGAGCCUGUCAAUGUGAAUAAGGACACCUGCUUUUCAGCUAUCAAUAUAUCUCUUAACUGAAUCAGCUCAGUUUAAAAUGGAGGAUUGCUCAGGCGAACUAGAUCCAGUUGUGGCAAUUGUUCUGACAAUUUUGAACACAAUUUUGGCUGUGUUUUCUACUGCGGGAAACGCAAUUGUUCUCAUAGCCAUAUGGCGCACUUCGUCUCUCCACUCAACCUCUAACUAUUUCAUUGCUUCUUUGGCAGCCGCCGAUCUUUCGGUAGGAUUUAUUAUCAACCCACUUUGGGUGGCAAAAAGUGGACUGAAUAUUUGGGAAAACAAUCACUUUUUGACGAUAUUCACGGAAUUUAUGUCAGUGCAGACUUUGGUAACUACCACGUUUAACUUGGCAGCCGUAAGCGUGGAUAGAUAUGUUGCGGUGACAAAUGUUUUCCGUUAUCUUGAGAUUGUCACCAAAAAACGAUGCAUCAUAUUAAUCACUUUUAUCUGGAUUUUUUCGCUCGCCUUUUCUGCACUUCGCUUCACCAUUUCGGACCCGCUAAUGUUGCCUUAUUUAUGGAUAGCUGUGUCCGUAAUAUGCUAUACCAUCCCUUUUACUAUCAUUGCUUAUUGCUAUUACAAGAUCUUCAAGGUAGCCAAAAGGCAGAGUCGUCAAAUCGAAAUGACUGAAAAUUCGGUAGGUGGAACUACAAGAUCAAACGAGGAGGCAAUCAAAAGGGCAAAGAAGAAUCGCAAAGCAGCAUACACAAUCGGAAUUAUAAUAGGCCUUUAUUUAGUUUUUGCCCUGCCUAGUAUGAUAAUCUCUGCGAUACAGCUCUUGACUCCAGAUGAAUGCCUUAAACUGAAAAUCAUCCGCGCUUGGUUCUGGGGCGCUCUGGUGUCAUUCAGUUCAUCGGCUUUUAACCCUUGGAUUUACGCUGCGAGAAAUACGGAGUAUAGGAGAGCUUUUCAGCAAGUGUUAGGGUUUUGUGAAAAGCUUAGUCUGAAGAAGAGAAAAGUGAAGCCGAUAGAUAUUCCUGCAAAGAGAGAUAAUGAUGAUGUUGACGAUUUGCCUAGACCAGAAGUAACUUAGGGCUGGGAUGCUCGUCAAAGAAACCCUAGGAAUACGUUUACGUAUUAAAAUACCCUAAAAGGAAACCCAAAAAAAGAAAAGAAAAUGCUAUUCUAAAAUUUGAAAGUGUUUUAGCAACUUGGGUGUCAUCUACAGCGUCCACGCCUUAGAGAAUUUGACCAACAAGGAAUAAAAGCACCCAAAAAAGAUACCUGCCUUUCCAUAGUGCUGAAUUGUGAUUAAAAAAUAUCAACCCAUAAGAUACGAGGAGUAUUUCUCGGAAGCAGGAAAAUAUAAGCAAGAGGACGCAAGAAAUUGUUGGGAGAUAAUAUACAGGCUUUAAAAAAACGACAGUUAAAAUAAUUAUAGUAUAGAGUAGUUAUAAUCGCUUUUUUUAGAGGUUAGAAGAACAGAAAUCCUUAGUGUCAGAAUCUUAGACAAAGUAGUAAAUUAGCAACAAAAGAGAUAAUGCAAUCUCCCUUAUUUCUUAGUUUUAAUUAAUAUUUAAAAAAAUAACGAUCAUUUUAAUCUCAAAGAGUUGAGUUUCAAGGUACUGUCAAUCACUAAAAAAUGCAAAGUUGGCGUUAACAAAUCAACUAUUUAUUAGUUUCAUUACAGCCCUCUUAUUUGUCCCGUGCGAAGUCAUAUGAUACCGCAUGAAUUGAGAUUUGGAAUAGCACUGUGAAUAGUUACUACAUGUGGAUGUAAGCAAUCAGUUGAAUCCAACCCGCUUUCUCAGCAGAAUUAAAAUUGGAUAAAAGCAUGACAAAAGCGCAUUAAAACAAAAAAAGGCUGCUUUUCCUACAAAAUGCGUUUCAAAUUACUUAGUAGCGCAUUAUGACUUUUUCUGACGUAAGUACUUUGUGAAUAGAUUACGCAAAACUCUCCGAAUACCAUGGACUAAAAAAAGUACACCUCUAGAAUAAAGUCUAGCUCAAGCUAGAAUAAAGACACUUCCUAUUUCCGCCCAA